AUGUCUAGAACUGUUGAUUCAAUUGAAUGGGAUAAGUAUCAAACGAAGAUAUUAAAUUGUAAAGAACGUCCUAAUCGAUUAAUUGUUGAUGAUGCUGUUAAUGAUGAUAACAGCGUAGUGGCGUUAUCACAGAGUAAACUGGAUGAAUUAAAAUUACUUCGUGGUGUUAUUGUUUUACUUAAAGGUAAAAAACGUCGCGAAACUUUUUGUAUUGUUCGCGUAGAUGAUGGAUGUCCAAAUGACCGUAUUCGAAUGAAUCGUGUUGUAAAAAGUAAUUUACGUGUACGUUCUGGUGAUGUUAUUUCAAUUGAAGGUUGUCAAGAUAUUCAAUAUGGUAGACGUAUAGAUGUUUUGCCUAUUGAUGAUACGAUACAAGGAAUAACUGACAAUUUAUUCAAAGUUUAUUUAAAAUCAUAUUUCCUUGAAGCUUAUCGACCAGUACGUGAAGGCGAUACUUUUAUUGUGCGUGCAGGUAUACAUCCUGUUGAAUUUAAAGUUAUCAAAACUGAUCCAAGUCCAUAUUGUAUUGUUGCACCUGACACCGUUAUACGUUAUAAAGGUGAUCCAAUUAAACGUGAAAAAGAAGAAGUAUCAUUAAAUGAAAUUGGCUAUGAUGAUAUCGGCGGUUUGAGAAAGCAAUUAGCUCAAAUUAAAGAAAUUGUUGAAUUGCCAUUAAGAUACCCACAGUUAUUUCAAGCGAUCGGUUUUAAACCGCCACGAGGUAUUCUUUUAUAUGGACCAUCGGGCGCAGGAAAAACAUUAAUUGCUCGUGCAGUAGCUAAUGAGAUCGGUGCAUUUUUCUUUUUAAUUAAUGGACCAGAUAUUAUGUCCAAACUCGCUGGUGAAUCCGAGUCCACGUUACGAAAAGUUUUUGAAGAAGCUGAAAAAAAUUCUCCAGCUAUUAUUUUCAUUAAUAAACUCGAUGCCAUUGCACCAAAACGUGAAAGAACUAAUGAUGAAGUUGAACGUCGUAUUGUAUCACAAUUAUUAACAUUAAUGGAUGGUCUUAUACAACGUUCACAUGUUAUUAUUAUGGCUGCAACAAAUCGACCAUAUUCAAUUGAUCCAGCACUUCGUCGUUUUGAUCAUGAAAUUUAUAUUGGCAUACCUGAUGUUGUUGGUCGUUUAGAACUUCUUUGUAUUCAUACAAAACGUAUGAAAUUAGCUGAUAAUAUUGAUCUUGCACAAAUUGCUAAUGAAACACAUGGUUAUGUUGGUGCUGAUAUAGCAUCAAUGUGUUCAAAAGCUGCUUUACAACAAAUUCGAGAAAAAUUAGAUGUUAUCGAUUUAGAAGAUAAUACAAUUGAUGCUGAAAUUCUUGAUUCAUUGAUUGUUACACAAGAGAAUUUUCGAUUUGCACUUUGCCAAUCAUACCCAUCAGCAUUACGUAAAAGUUUUAUUACAGUUCCAACAACCACCUGGAAUGAUGUCGUUGGUUUAACAAAUAUUAAACGUCAAUUAGAACGACUUGUUAAAUAUCCAUUAGAAUAUCCAGAAAAGUUUCUUGAAUUGGGUAUGUUACCAUCACGUGCUAUUCUUCUUUAUGGACCAUCAGGUUGUGGUAAAACAUCAUUAGUAAAAGCUAUUGCUAAUCAUUGUCAAAUGAAACUAAUUUCGAUUAAAGGUUCUCAGUUAUUAACUAUGUCAUCUAAUCAAUCAGAAAUCAAUGUUUAUGACAUAUUUGUUAGAGCUUGUGAAUUAGCACCAUGUGUACUCUUCUUUGAUGAAUUCGAUUCAAUUUUCAAAGCUCGUGGUGAUUAUAAUUAUAAUACCGAUCGAUUUGUCAAUGAAAUGUUAACUGAAAUGGAUAAGAUGACUGAAAACACGAAUGUUUUUAUUAUUGUUGCAUCAAAUCAACCAGAUAUGAUCGAUACAAGUUUUUUUCAAUCAGGUCGUUUCGAACAGUUAAUUUAUGUUCCAUUACCAGAUGAACAUUCUCGAAUGGAUAUUUUGAAAACAUUAUUGAUUAAAUCACCUGUAGAUAAAGGUUUUGAUAUGAAUUUCUUGGCCGGAGUAACUAAUGGUUUUAGUGGUGCUGAUUUAUCUAAAAUAUGUCAACGUGCAGGAAAAUUAGCUUUAUAUGAAUCAAUAGAAAACAAAAGUCAGCUCAUGAUUUGUCGACGUCAUUUUGAAGAAGCGAUGAAGUUGGCACGACGUUCUGUUAAUGAUAAUGAAGUACAGAAAUAUGAAAUAUUUGCUUCAAAGUACAAUGAUAUUAUUUCCAGUAAUCAAGAUUUAGUGUCAGUAAAUAAUCAGGAUCAAAAUCGUUCUGAUGAUGAUAACUUAUACAAACAAACAAAAGAAUGA